UUACAGCAGUUUUGAUGCUACAUUGAUGUUAAAACCCGCGACAAAAAUGUUCGUCUACUUAGCUCUUCUCGCAGGUCAUGCAAUGACCGUUGCUGGACAAAAUCCCAAUUUAAAGGGAUGUAUAGUAUCAAGAUAUGGGUGUUGUCCUGAUGAGAACAUAGCUGCUGAUGAAAAUGGCAAAAAUUGCUUGAUUGGUGGAUGUGCUGGUACACAAUAUGGCUGUUGUCCUGAUGGAAAGACAGCUGCAAGAGGACCUAAUAAUAAAGGCUGCCCUAACAUUAAAGUUGGUGGAUGUGCUGGUACCAGGUAUGGUUGCUGUCCUGAUGGAAAGACGGCUGCUGGAAAAAAUAAAAAAAAUUGCUUGAUUGGUGGAUGUAAGGGUACCAGGUAUGGUUGCUGUCCUGAUGGGAAGACAGCUGCUGAUGAAAAUGGCAAAAUUUGCUUGAUUGGUGGAUGCGCUGGUACCAGGUAUGGUUGCUGUCCUGAUGGAAAGACGGCUGCUGGAAAAAAUAACAAAAAUUGCAAGAGUGUUUGACAUUAAAGAGUAAGAUGGUUAUGGUCAAUAUUAAAAAAAGCUAGCUGACCAAAACAUUGUUGCAAUUUUAAUUCUAAGAAUAAAAAACUGA